AUGACGAAGUCUGACUCUGAAUUUUGCAGGCUUCCUGUCGAUCGACAAUGGAUCGACAAACUAUUGAAGCGUCAUCCCAACCCCAAUUCCAGGAUACACAACAAGGCAUUGGUAGUUGCACCAAUGGUUGACCAGUCAGACCUAGCUUUCCGAAUUCUUUGUCGUCGAUAUGGUGCAAACCUAUGCUUUACCCCGAUGAUUCACUCGCGACUACUUCUCGAGUCGGAAGCCUAUCGUGAAAAAUUCAUGAUAAAGGUUGUGGAAGCCGAUCGCCCCCUCAUUGCCCAAGUUUGUGGCAGUGAUCCUGAAAUUGUUCUCAAGGCAUCCCGUAUUUUGGAACCGUUCGUGGACGGGAUCGAUAUUAACUGCGGAUGCCCUCAGGGGAUUGCACGCCGUGGAAACUAUGGCGCAUUUUUAUUGGAGAAAGAAGACGUUUUACUGAAAUUGGUACGGUAUUUGACUCCUCGACUGCGAGUUCCACUGUCUGUAAAGGUUCGACUUUUGCCGAACACCGAUCCCGAUGACAAGGACUUUGACGUACCGAAAGCAUCUCUAGCCUUGUACUCCAAGCUGGUAGAAUCUGGAAUUCACCUUCUGACAAUUCACGGUCGAACUCGGUUGCAAAAAGGUCCUUCGACUGGUCAUUCUGAUUGGGAGACUAUUCGGAAGGCUGUUGACAUGUUUGGAAGCAAGAUCCCAAUUUUCGCCAAUGGAUCGAUCGAAAACUUUUCUGAUGUUGAAGAGUGUCUCCAAGUCACAAAUGCGGACGGCAUCAUGUCUAGUGAAUCGCUCUUGGAGUUUCCGCCAAUCUUUUUUAGAAUACCACAGACACCAACUCGAACAGUGGGGCGCAUGCAGUUGUGUCGAGAGUAUGUAGAACUUGCAAAGCAAUAUCCUCCGGUAAAAAUGGGACAAGGAAGCAAAUUCAAAACUAUUCGAACACAUAUUCACCGGUUUUUGCAUGCAGAUAUGCAAGAUGACCACCAAUUGAGACAAGCUAUUGUCGAAGUGAAGAACAUGGAGGAAUUGGAGGCUGCACUUGAUAGUUGCCAAGCGUCUCAUGAUGCAAAGCGGCAUUCAGUCGCAGCUGAAACAUUAUCGUGGUAUGUUCGACACCACCAAAGUGAGGAGAAGGAAGUCGAGCCCCAAGAUGGGACAGCAACAAAGGAUGAAGACGAAGACAUGCAAGGCGCUAGCUGCCAAGUUCUCUUUGGCGGUGAUAGAGAUGGAGACUAUUAG